AUGAAUGUUAACAUUGAUGCACAUUCAUCUAUUGCCGAAUUGGAAGAAAGCGUAUUCCGAUGCAAACACAUGUUUCUGGCUGCUAGCGACAAAUCCGAGUCACAAAGGCAAAAACUGAUGGAUGUACUUAUUGAACUUCGUAGAUUCUUGCAUAAUGCCAAGGUAGGUAUUUUGGACUAA